AAAGACAAAAACAGUAACACUCACUCAGUCACUCGGACACUCUCUCUGCUCUGUAGAACACCUUACUUGCCUCAUUUCUCUCUCUUACUUUUCGUGUUUAGCCUUUGCCACGCUUUCUUUGAAAAAGGAACACAAGAAACAAAACCCUAAUAAAGAGAAGCAAGCAAUAAUCAACAAUGCUGCUUUCAUUAUUGUCUUCGAAACGUUUCUUUUUCUACCUUGGCUAGAUCUACUUAACUGUCUACUCUCUAUUCAAGUACGAUCUUCGAAAUCCAAGAAUUAAUGCUGUGGGUUUGAGAGCUCUGUUAAUUUCUGCGUUUUUGAGAUUGCAACUCGUGCUUGAUUUUCAAGCACAAGUUCAUUGACUUACAAUGGAGGAGCCAUUACUGCCAUCUGCUGAAGAGCCAGUAGAUAAGGUCCAAAGUUCAGAGAAACUGUCCUCUGCUGGUUCAGUGGAAAGCACAAAAAAGGUUAUAAAAACUACAAAGCCUACAAUAUCAGCAACCUCGAAACUCUUAGCGCCAACUGGUUCUAUUAGAAAGAGAACUGAAUCCAAAAGCAGUUCAGAAUCAAGUUCAAAUGUGACCAAACCAACUGCACCUGCUUCUUCCCGUAGUUUGAAUUCAGUUCCAGUUGCUAGAAGAAAUAGCACUGGAGGUGUGCCUGAGAAGUCAUCUGCUGCAAAAAGGCAGAGUAAUGUGGCUAUUGUUGCUGGCAAAAAAAUUGGUACUGCAUCUGACCCAGUAAGGCGAUCUCUUCCAGAGCUCAGAAGAAGUUCCUUGCCUUCAGUUGCUGCAAAACCUGUGACCCGAACUGUUGCUUCAGACGUUAGGAAGUCACUUCCUGCAUCACCUCUGGAUAAGAGUUUGAGGUCAUCAACUGGGUCUGAUGUCAGUAGGUCAGAAACUGUCAAGAAAGCUUCAGUUAAGCCAGCAUUGCCAGCCUCUUCAUCCUCAAAAAGAGUGGCUUCUACUUCACUGGACAGUACCAGCAGUAGUGUGAGUAGGAAGACAGUUUCGAAGGUUUCUUCACCAUCAGCUCCCUCACCUUCAGUUUCCAGUGGAUUGAGAACUGGGUCUUUGUCAAAGUCUCUUGACAGGAGUUCUAAUUUGUCUGGGCAGAGGAAAUUGGGAACUCCUAAAAGCCGAGAGUCUAGGUUCAUUGUUCUUCCACAGGUGGAGAUUAAGGCUAACGAUGAUGUGAGAUUGGAUCUUAGGGGUCACAGAGUUAGCAAUCUCACUGCUAGUGGGCUGAACUUGUCACCGACUUUAGAGUUUGUCUAUCUGAGAGACAACCUUUUAUCCACAUUGGAAGGAAUUGAAAUAUUGAAGCGGGUUAAGGUCCUUGACUUGAGCUUCAAUGAGUUUAAGGGGCCUGGGUUUGAACCUCUUGAGAAUUGCAAGGCUCUGCAGCAACUUUAUCUUGCUGGUAACCAAAUCACGUCACUUAUCAGCCUUCCUCAGCUUCCUAACCUGGAGUUUCUCUCUGUCGCUCAAAAUAAAUUGAAGUCGCUUUCAAUGGCAAGUCAACCACGGCUGCAGGUUUUAGCUGCCAGCAAAAAUAAAAUAACAACUCUUAAGGGUUUCCCAUAUCUGCCUGUCCUUGAGCAUUUACGAGUGGAAGAGAAUCCUAUACUUAAGAUGCCCCAUUUAGAAGCAGCAUCAAUUUUGCUUGUUGGUCCUACUCUGAAAAAGUUUAAUGAUAGAGAUCUCUCCCGAGAAGAGGUGGCACUAGCAAAGCGUUAUCCAGCUCGCACAGCCUUGUGCAUCAGAGAUGGUUGGGAGUUUUGUCGUCCUGAGAAUGCUGCAGAGUCAACUUUAUGCUUCCUUUUCGAGCAAUGGAAAGAUCAUUUCCCUCCAGGCUAUUUGCUCAAGGAUGCCUCUAUAGAUCAACCUUUUGAAGAAGAUGCUUGCUGCUGCCACUUCAAUUUUGUGCAGGACAGCACUCUGAGUGUUGAUUCACUACUGGUCUUACGAUAUCAAUGGUUUAUAGGGGAGAGGACACUUUCACAUUUUGUUGCUAUUCCUGAUGCCACAGGAGAGGUAUACUGGCCAAAGCAUGAAGACAUUGAUAAAUUUCUAAAAGUGGAAUGUACUCCCAUGCUGGGAGAGAAAGAAUAUCCUGCAAUUUUUGCCAUAUCUUCACCUAUUUCACGAGGGAGUGGCAUUCCAAAAGUUGUAAACCUUGAAGUGCAUGGGGAUUUAGUGGAAGGAAAUAUCAUCAAAGGCUAUGCCAAGGUCGCAUGGUGUGGUGGAACUCCAGGAAAAGGUGUUGCCAGUUGGUUGAGGAGAAGAUGGAACAGUAGUCCAGUGGUUGUUGCUGGUGCAGAAGAUGAGGAGUAUCUGCUAAUUUUGGAUGACAUUAACUCGAGUUUGGUUUUCAUGUAUACACCAGUCACGGAGGAAGGUGCCAAAGGGGAACCUCAGUAUAAAUAUACUGAUUUUGUUAAAGCAGCUCCUCCAUCUGUGAGUAAUGUUGAAAUCAUUGGAGAUUUUGUCGAAGAUAAUAUCAUAAAAGGAGUUGGGGAGUACUUUGGUGGUAAAGAAGGUCCCAGCAAGUUUGAGUGGUUACGUGAGAAUAAGGAAACUGGAGAUUUUCUAUUGGUAUCAACAGGUACAUCUGAGUAUACACUGACCAAAGAAGAUGUGGGACGACGCAUAGCUUUUGUUUAUAUACCCAUUAAUUUUGAAGGGCAGGAAGGGGAAUCUGUAUCAACGGUGUCUCCUGCGGUGAAGCAAGCUCCUCCAAAGGUAACAAAUGUUAAGAUCGUUGGUGAUAUAAGGGAAAACAAUAAGGUUACUGUAACUGGUAUAGUUACUGGAGGAGCUGAAGGUUCUAGUAGAGUUCAGUGGUUUAAAACGAGUUCCUCAAUAUUGGAUGGUGAAAAUGGCCUUGAAGCUGUCAGUGCAUCCAAAAUUGCAAAGGCAUUCCGGAUACCACUAGGUGCAGUUGGCUAUUACAUAGUUGCAAAAUAUACUCCUAUGACUCCAGAUGGUGAAUCUGGUGAACCAGUAUAUGUUAUAUCAGAAAAAGCAGUGGAAACUCUUCCCCCAAGCCUAAAUUUCUUAUCGAUUACUGGUGAUUACGCCGAAGGUGGAAUGCUGACAGCAUCAUAUGGCUAUAUAGGGGGUCAUGAAGGAAAAAGUGUGUAUAAUUGGUACCUUCAUGAGGCUGAAACAGACUCUGGUACUUUGAUACCUGAGGGUUCAGGUGUCCUCCAGUACCGUGUUACCAGGAAGGCAAUUGGUAAAUUCGUGUCCUUUCAGUGUGUACCUGUGCGUGAUGAUGGGAUUUUAGGUGAGCCAAGGACUUGCAUGGGACAGGAACGAGUUCGACCUGGAAGUCCAAGGUUGCUGUCUAUGCAAAUAGUUGGAAAUGCUGUUGAGGGAACUACACUUAGUAUUGACAAAAAGUAUUGGGGAGGUGAAGAAGGAGAUUCAGUUUUCCGUUGGUUUCGGACUGGUUCUGAUGGCUCUCAAUGUGAAAUUCGUGGUGCUACUGCAGAGUCGUACAUACUUUCAAUUGAUGAUAUUGGAUUCUUUAUUUCGGUUUCAUGUGAACCUGUCAGAAGCGAUUGGGCUCGUGGUCCUAUUGUUGUUUCUGAACAGUUUGGACCUAUUAUAGCUGGCCCUCCAACUUGUCAGUCUUUAGAGUUUUUGGGGUCGAUGAUGGAAGGACAGCGCUUGAGCUUCGUUGCUUCUUAUAGUGGAGGGGAGAUAGGAAACUGUUUCCAUGAAUGGUUUAGAGUGAGAAGUGAUGGUGUUAGGGAGAAACUAAGUGCAGAUGAAUUUCUGGAUUUAAGUUUAGAGGAUGUUGGAACAUGCAUUGAACUUGUUUAUACUCCAAUGCGGAAAGAUGGUGCCAAGGGAAAUCCUAGAAGCAUAAAAUCCAAUGUGAUUGCUCCAGCGGAUCCUGUGGCAUUAGAACUUGUAAUUUCUUAUUGCCGUGAGGAUGAGGAAGUGGUGCCACAAAAAACGUACUUUGGUGGACGGGAAGGUGAUGGGGAGUAUAUUUGGUACAGAACAAAGAAUAAGCUACAAGGAGCUGCAUUGAUGAAUUUACGUGAUAGCUAUGAUGAUGUUCUCAUAUGCAGCAAAACAUUGUCAUAUACUCCAUCACUUGAAGAUGUGGGUUCUUACUUGGCCUUAUAUUGGCUGCCUACUCGUGCAGAUGGCAAAUGUGGAAAACCAUUAGUUGCAAUUUCCAACUCUCCAGUUGACCCAGCUCUUCCAGUUGUUGCUAAUGUUCAAGUGAAGGAGUUGUCUUCCAGUGUUUAUUCUGGAGAAGGAAAAUAUUUUGGUGGCUAUGAGGGAUCAAGCCUUUUCAGUUGGUACAGAGAAACUAGUGAUGGGACCAUUAUUCUCAUUAAUGGGGCUAGCUCUAGAACUUAUGAAGUUACAGAAGAAGAUUACAAUUGCCGCUUGUUGUUUGGGUACACACCAGUUCGUUCAGAUUCAGUUGUAGGUGAUCUCAAAUUGUCUGAUCCUACUGGCAUUAUUCUCCCAGAGAUUCCAAAAAUAGAAAUGCUUGCUCUCACUGGAAAGGCGGUAGAACGAGAUGUGCUCACUGCUGUUGAAGUAAUACCCAAGAGUGUUGCUCAACAAUCUGUUUGGAGCAAGUAUAAGAGGGAUGUCAAAUAUCAAUGGUUUUGUACAUCAGUAAUAGGGAACAAAGAUUCCUUUGAGCCCUUACCUUCACAGCGUUCCUGCUCUUACAAGGUGCGACUAGAGGACAUUGGUAGAUGCUUGAGAUGUGAAUGCAUUGUGACUGAUGUGUUUGGAAGGUCAAGUGAGCCAGCAUAUGCUGAGACUACUGCUGUAGUGCCAGGGAUUCCUAGAAUGGAUAAACUGGAGAUUGAGGGGCGGGGUUUUCACACCAACUUGUAUGCUGUUCGAGGCAUUUAUAGCGGAGGAAGGGAGGGUAAAAGUAGAAUACAGUGGCUUAGAUCAAUGGUUGGUAGUCCUGAUCUAAUCUCCAUACCAGGAGAAGUGGGAAGGAUGUAUGAAGCCAAUGUUGAUGAUGUGGGGUACAGGUUGGUCGCUAUCUACACUCCAAUUAGAGAGGAUGGUGUUGAGGGACAGCCUGUGUCCGCAUCAACAGAGCCAAUUGCUGUUGAGCCUGAUGUUCUUAAAGAAGUGAAGCAAAAGCUUGAACUUGGAUCUGUGAAGUUUGAGGCAUUAUGUGACAAGGACCACUCUCUAAAAAAGGUUCCAGGAGAGGGGAGUCUUGAGAGAAGAGUUCUAGAAGUUAAUAGGAAAAGAGUCAAGGUAGUGAAGCCGGGCUCUAAGACUUCUUUUCCUACCACUGAAAUUCGCGGAAGUUAUGCUCCUCCCUUUCAUGUUGAGCUUUUCCGGAAUGACCAACAUCGGCUCCGGAUAGUAGUGGACAGUGAGAAUGAAGUAGACCUGAUGGUACAUUCCAGGCAUAUGCGGGACGUCGUUGUUCUUGUGAUCCGAGGUCUUGCUCAACGAUUCAACAGUACAUCUCUCAAUUCUCUCCUCAAAAUUGAUACAUAGCUUUUGCUAAGUAAUGUAGAUUUGAGUUCAUAGCAAUGAAAAUAUAUUCAUUUGUAGGUUUCUUAGUUUCUAUUAGUCAUCACAUCUCACAUUCAGUUCCUGUUUUUUACUGUUGAUUAUUUUUUGGACUUCAUUUUCUUGUUCUGUGUGAGAUAUGUUGGGCAUUGCUGGAAAGGCUGGGGUGUCAGAAAAAUAUAUAUAUAUCUCUAUGUAUAUUUGUAUAUCAAUGAAUUUAUACCGAGUUACUUGAGCCUUCAUGUACGUGUGUUUCAUAUUUUAGUGGUUUAUAUAUUGUAUAAUCAUAUUUUAUAUA